AUGGCUCUGAUGGUUAUAAAAUUUGAUUUGGCCAAGCGGAUCAAACUGGCCCAAGGACUGUGGCUCCUGUACUGGCUUGCAGUUAUAGGUGGGAUCCUCAUAUUUAGCAUGGGACUUUUCUUCAAGAUUGAACUUCGCAAAAGGAGUGAGAUGAUGGACAAUAAUGAGAGUCAUUUUGUACCCAACCUGCUCAUCCUGGUAGGUCUUGUUGCUUGCGGCAUCAAUGCAUUUGGUGGCAAAGUGUGCCAUGACUCACUCGAUUCAGCCAAGUUUUCCAAGUGGAAGCCUGUGGUGAAAAAUUACCUGUGUGGAUGCUUUGCCUUCUCAAUCAUCCUCUUCAUCAUGGCUCUGCUUUGCUUCCUGAUGCAGAUCUCUCUACAUUUUGCACUGGCUGAAGGUCUAAAAAAUGGGAUGAAAUACUACAAAGACACAGACACCCCAGGACGAUGCUUCAUGAAGAGGACGCUGGAUAUGACUCAGAUUGAGUUCCGUUGCUGUGGCAACAACAACUUUAGGGACUGGUUUGAGAUCCAGUGGGUUAGCAACCGCUACCUGGACUUCAGCAACGAUGAGGUCAAAGAUCGUAUUGCAAGCAACGUAGAAGGUAAAUAUCUUAUGGACAGCGUUCCCUUUAGCUGCUGCAACCCUGGUUCUCCACGGCCCUGCAUACAGCACCAUCUGAACAAUAACUCUGCUCACUAUGACUAUGACCAUCACACUGAAGAACUAAACAUCUGGACUCAAGGCUGCCGUGAAGCUUUGGUCUCCUACUAUGGGGGAAUGAUGAACAGCAUUGGGGCUCUUGUGCUGCUUGUCAUGGUCUUGCAGGCUGCAGAUAUGGUGGGACUGAAAUACUUGACAACCUCUUUGGAGACCCUGACAAACCCAGAGAACCCAGAGUGUGAAAGUGAAGGUUGGCUGCUGGAAAAGAGUGUGAAAGAGACUGUAUCUGAUGUCCUGCAGAAGAUAAAAUCUCUUGGCAGAAAGAACCAGGUGGAAGGGGCUGAGGCUGCUGCCAGUGCCAGCUGA